UCGCUGGAUGGAUGACUGGAGUUUCCCUUGCGGUCUGAAGAUUAAUGGAAGGGGUCUGUUGAUCUUAGGAAUCGACUAUCAGAUGGUCGGCCCCAGGAAACCAUUGCAUUUGACGGCUGGUUUCGGGACGAAUGGAGGGAUGUCAAUUUGAAAUAACCAACAGCUGAAAAAACGAAUAACCCGGACACCACUUUUGUUAUCUGGAGCUCAACUGAAAGGCCUGCUUACAUAGAGAUAGCACCUGGGUAGGUCAGGCCAGGAUACGAUUGCAAGGGACGCUGAAAGCUAACCCUAGCUUGCUCAUUAGACAUACGGAAAACAGCUGUCGGCGAUCCGUCUAAUGCUCCGGACUGGAUUUUGGAUAAACCAAGCCGUUUCUGGAAAUAAAGGACAGUCGAGUGUCGUCUUGAUUUGCCGGUGCUCGCUUGGAAAUUGACAAGCUAACGCUAACAAGCUAACAGCCACUGGCCAUCUCUGCUAGAGUUAGCUGCCGUGCUAGCCUAGCUAACUUAAAGCAUUACUGUUAGCUGCAGACUUGGAUAUACUCGCUUGGCUGGGGUUUUCCGAACUCACUGCGGAAGAGCGUUGGAAAAAUAUAUUUACACUCAUUAGCUAAUAAUGAUAGCUGUUAGCUAGUAGCUAGCUGUCAGCCUCAUUGAGCCCAGCGACUGUGUUAGCAGUGUAGCAUCACUCUACGACUUGUGAAGGAAAACUCAGCCCGAACCAAGGGACUCCACCAUCAGCCUGCCAUCAUGGGCAACACGCCCACCGCAAAGAAGGGCAAUGAGAUGGAGAGCGUGAAGGAGUUUCUUGCCAAAGCCAAAGAAGAUUUCUUGAAGAAAUGGGAGAAUCCAGCACAGCAAACUGCGGCAUUGGACCACUUUGAGCGUUUGAAGACCUUAGGCACUGGUUCAUUUGGUCGAGUCAUGCUGGUUAAACACAAAGAGACGGGCCAACAUUUUGCUAUGAAAAUACUUGACAAACAGAAGGUAGUGAAGCUGAAGCAGAUAGAGCACACACUGAACGAGAAACGUAUCCUGCAAGCUGUCAGCUUUCCCUUUCUGGUGCGACUCGAGCACUCUUUUAAGGACAACAGUAAUCUGUAUAUGGUAAUGGAGUAUGUACCCGGGGGUGAAAUGUUCUCGCACUUACGGAGAAUCGGUAGAUUCAGUGAACCACACGCCCGCUUCUACGCAGCCCAGAUUGUACUGACCUUCGAAUACCUUCACUCACUGGACCUCAUCUACCGAGAUCUGAAGCCGGAGAACCUGCUCAUUGACCAGCAAGGUUACAUACAGGUAACAGAUUUUGGAUUUGCGAAAAGGGUGAAGGGCCGAACCUGGACGCUUUGCGGGACCCCAGAGUACCUGGCACCAGAGAUCAUCCUCAGUAAGGGUUACAAUAAAGCAGUGGAUUGGUGGGCUCUGGGAGUGCUGAUAUAUGAGAUGGCUGCUGGUUACCCCCCCUUCUUUGCAGACCAGCCUAUUCAGAUUUACGAGAAGAUUGUAUCAGGGAAGGUUCGCUUUCCCUCCCACUUCAGCUCAGACCUGAAGGAUCUGUUGAGAAAUUUGCUGCAGGUGGACCUGACCAAGCGCUUUGGCAACCUCAGGAAUGGAGUCAAUGAUAUCAAGGGCCACAAGUGGUUUGCCACCACUGAUUGGAUUGCCAUUUACCAGAGGAAGGUGGAAGCUCCCUUUAUUCCUAAGUGCAAAGGCCCGGGUGACACGAGCAACUUUGAUGACUACGAGGAAGAGGAAAUCAGAGUCUCCUUCACAGAGAAGUGUGCAAAGGAGUUUGCUGAGUUCUAGAUUCCAACCAUGAGUAGCGAAGAGAGAAAGAAAGAGAGUGACAGGGAUUUAGAAAGUUAAAGGGGGUCUGAAGACAGGAAGCGCUAGGGUGGACUGCUAAGUUGCUUAUUUGUAAUGACGACAACAAUGUAAAAUCCCCCCAGUGGAAAGGUAGGCAAAGUGAAGAAAGAUCCAACAGAACCAGCAGUGUUGCCUUUUCUGAUUGUUUCUCAACUGUUACCUAUUCAUUUUAUUUAUCCCUCUUGUGUUUGUGGCCGGGGCUCGAGGAGAACAGGCCUAGAUUGUGGCUGUUCAGCUAGACUUGUAUCUUUCUGAUGGUGUAAUGACACGUUUUCAGUCUCUGCAGGUUGAGGCAUUGAUUUUCUGUUAAGGUACCGAAUCCUCUAGGCUCCUUUUUUUUUUUUUUUUUUCUUUUUUUUUUUUUUGGAACAGGCCCUCUCUACAAGCUUCUCAAAGAGUGAUUGUUGUAUCUUGUCACCCUGGUUCCCCCUCCAUGUCUCCAUCAUGAAUCUGUCCAAGCAAUACCAAGUCCAACAGAUGUGCCUAUCAUAAUGCCAACUGGUUGGAAAACUGUGUUGAAACUGGUGCAGAGCUUUGGCUGUGGUGGCAUCGGCCCUUGUGACCGUUUUUGGUUAAAAGCUUGAAAACUCUCUGCGCCUGCCUUUGUCUGCUCAGUGUGGCAUGAUUAUUGGGUAGAUGACGCGCUCACUGCCUGCAGUUGAAGCAGUGGUGACUUCUUUGAUCAGAGUGAAAAUGAUUUAUCACAGUAAACUUCAUCUAGGUCUUACUGCUUUUGGGGACCUGUAAGAAAUGGUAACCAUGAGGUCUGCAUUUAAGUCUGUCUUUUCUCUUAGCUGAAUUUAUUAGAGCAUUUUAAAAAAAAAAAAAUCCUAUUGGUGAUCAUUUUGUCCUUUUAUGUCAAUCUCUGUGCUUGUGUGUUAUUUAGUGCUCAAGGGUGGGUUAAAAAGCUGUGAUUUAGCAGCAACUAACAUUGUGGUCACACUCCUGAUUAUUGUUUAUUUAAUUCAUAGUACAUUUAUACAUGUAUAUUGAUAUAUAUAUAUGAUAGAGAACAUGAAAUAUCCAUCUUUUUAAACAUUGUCUCAUAGCUGUGAAACUGAAUUAAGAUUUCAUAAAUAAAACAAAUAUAAAUUCUGCCAAAUUUGCAAACUGAGAACACUGCAAAGUUUUCUGUAUGUAACUAUGGUGGUUGGUUUUUAAUACGCAAAAAAGUAGCAAAAUGUUUCAGCAAAAUGUGCAUGUUAUUUUUGUACAAUAUCACUUUUAAAGAUGGCAGAGCAUUAAUGCUUUAUUUGUGCUGAGGUACCUGAGAUCAUGGAUAACAUGCUUAACUAUUUAAAUGGACUCGGCUGCUCUAUUUUGAAGAUGGAACAAGACCCAGAUAAAUGUCAAAAAGCUCUUCUGGCCUUUGUUUAUUAUUCAGCUGUAGGGCAACAGUUUGCUGAUAAUUGUCACUGAAUUUCUCACCUUGAUAAUUGUUUUUUUUUCCCCCUCCUCCCUUCUCUUGUAUAUACCUUACAUUUAACACCUUCACAUAGAUUUGCAGUCCAACCAAAUUUUUGGGACUGUUGAGAUUGGAAUGUUUUGUUUUCCGUUUUCCAGCUUUCUAUGUAACAAAUUAAACUAAGGAAGCGAUCCUAAAGCUGUCCCCCUUUGCCAAGUUUAUUUCUGUGGAUGCAAGACAAUCACAGACCAAAUCUUAUUGCUGGUUUGUUGACUGAACACGUUUUGGUUUGAUGAAGGAUGUUUGCUUUCACCCGCCCCCAUUCCCCCUUCCUCCACCCUCCAUCAGGCCCUAGGUGCUAGACUUUGUCCAUCUCACUGAAAAGCUUCUGUGAAUUGUUUGAUGUGCAUCAAUCUAUUUGUCAAGUCCUGUAACAUGACAUUUUUGAGAAUGUUUUUCGACUCUAAAUGAUUUCAGUAGGCUUGAGUAAUUAUUUUGGGAGUCUCUUAAUGUAAUUGAGGUCAAACGCAGGAUACCUUUUUUGAAUGUCUUGAAUUGUCUGAUGGAGAUGUUUCAAUGCUGUUUGGAAACAUGAUGUGGUUCUUUUAUAAUACGUGUUUCUCUGGUGAGCUUGGUUUUUCUUGCAUGUGGUAAAGCAACCCAGCAGCAAGACAACCCCUGGACCUGAGACAUGUUUGAGAAACUGCAGUUUCUACAGCCGACAGCCUCAUCACCAUUUAACCUUUGAUUCGUGAGCAUCACAAUGCAGUGGAUCGCCAAACAACUUGUCCAGUCUUUUGCAAAUAGUGAAGCACAUGCCACACCUUUUUCAAAUGUCCUAUUUAAUUGAUUUGUGCAAGACACUAUGUAACGCUUUGAAGAGAGCACAUGUAAUAUCUUUGAUCUUUAUGUUCUGACAAAUGACUAAAUCAGAGUUGGUGGGUAGAAGGCAAUGCCACUCAAUCCACUACAGACACUAAGGCCAUCACAAUGCUUUUUUUUGUUUUUGUUUUUGCUUCCCAUACAAAACUUCUUGUCAAUUGUCUUUAAUUCUUUUCUAUCAGCUAAACACUAUCAACUGAUCUGUGCUCGUUUUGAGUUUUUCUCCUGUGUUUGCCUUCUAUUUUCAUCAAGUUUUCACACACUCUUCAUUCAGACAUAACACUUUUUACAUCUGAGAUGUUUUGCGUUCAUAUUUUCUAAUUGUAUUUUCAAAAAAAAGGAAAAAAAAAAAAGCAAAAACAGAACAUUAAUCUUUUCCUCAUGACCUGGGUACAGUGAUUGUGUAGUCUAUUGUACCUUUUGGGAAACAAUACUGUAUAUCCUUGCCUUUGACAGUCUUAACUAUCUUACCCUCUGGAGAACUUGACAGAUACCCUUAGAACACAAUGAGUAUGUUAAAAAAAAAUAUACAUAAAGUAAUAUUUUGCAAAAUGUAUCAUUCCAAUAAAGUUUUACUUGUUAAGA